AUGAUGCCUCUACAGAACAUUUUUGUGAUAGAGGUCUUUGAUUGUUGGGGUAUUGAUUCCAUGGGCCCGUUUCCGGUGUCAUACGAUUAUGAGUACAUCCUCCUGGCGGUGGAUUAUGUUUCAAAGUGGGUUGAGGCAAUUCCCACUAAGUCCAGUGAUUCUAAAGUCGUGCUGGAGUUCUUACGAACUAAUAUUUUGUCGAGGUUUGGCAUGCCACUUGCCAUUAUCUCUGAUCAGGGCACGCAUUUUUGUAAUAGGUCUUUUGGGGCUUUAAUGAGCAAGUAUGGCAUCUCUCACAAGGUGUCUACUGCUUAUCACCCCCAAACCAACGGUCAGGCUGAGCUAGCGAAUCGUGAAAUUAAGGAGAUUCUAGGGAAGACCAUGAACCCGAAUAGGAAGGAUUGGUCACUUCGAUUGACCGAUGCCUUAUGGGCCUACCAGGCGGGUGCCCAUAGGAAGCUCCAGUUGUGUGAGCUCGAGGAGAUUAGGAAUGACGCGUAUGAGAGCACGAGAAUUUAUAAGGCUAAGGUUAAGGCGUAUCAUGAUAGGAAUAUUCAACGCAAAACCUUUAGUGUUGAUGUUUGUGACCCUAAGAAUAAUAAUAUUUCCAAAGUUAAUGGGCAAAGUCUAAAACCAUUUUUGGAAUAUGUGGAGGUUGGUGAACCUGAUGAGGUUUUAGUCGAUCCUGUUUAUUCGGACGACCCUGUUGUGUAG